AUGGAAGCUUCCUCCUUGGUCCUGGCCCAUGAUCAUGCUCGCGCUGCAGCUGUUGCGACGCAUAGUUCCGAUACAACUGUUGCAAUAAAUGAACAUGCCUUGGCUGCCGGAGAAUUUGCAAAAGCUGCAUCAGGAACUGGAAGCGCAGAAGCUUUGAGGACUUUAAGGCUUCUAGAACAGCAUCACCAGCGGCUCUCAGAACUUCUUCGAUACCCCACCGAACAUCCUGUUACUCCGAAUGCCAACGAAACCGAGAUUAAAACAGUCAUUGAAAAGCCAGUAUCGCCAUCUGCGGCUGUAACAGAGUUACGCGCUUCGAAAUCAGACCUUGGUCCUCACGCAUCCACUGCUCGAAAUGCCACAAGCUCGCACACCCCUAGGCGCCUUCCUCCGCGCGAACUUUCUUCUUCUUCAAUCGCCAGCAAUCUAGCUUCUGCAAGAGGUAUACGUUCAGGUCACAAUCGACAGUCUCUCUCACCAAGUGUAUCAUCUCUACAAGCUCCAAGUAAUAUUGAGGGACGCCGAGAAGCUAGUAAACGACCGAAAGUUCCCUCCAUUCCAGAGUAUACUACAUCUAGGCCCAGUUGGGUUCCUCCUCAACCUACACAGAACAAAGCGGACCCUCAAACUUCUACAUCACGAACAUCUGCAGUUGCCGAGCCCAAACCAUCUCUCGCAAUUGCCCAGGAUGAGGGGUUCUCUAAGUUCUACAGUGCAUUCAAUAGUGUUGUCUAUAAGUUAUCAGCUCCAUUAGCUUUUGCUGGCUUACCUCUAUUCUCGGAAACCGAUUCGUCUCAAGCGUCACCAGAGAUACCAUCCACAACCGCUCGCAAAAGUAAACCCCGAAGCAGAGAAAGAAUACCCACUGAAGAGCCUGAUCUCACAAAGUACAUAUCUAAGCCAGCUCUUCGUGCAAUGGCUCGUGAUGGUCACCCAGGCAAUGAUUCUUUUUACGUCGUCCCUACUACUGGUCACACUGUAUCAUAUGCACAUAUUCUCUCCUUUGAGAAAAAAGAACAACGUCGUUUAGCAGCUUCCAUGCACAGCGCAGAUCCCGAUCUAUUCCCUGAUCCAAAUGACGAGGAUGAUUUUGUCGAUGCCCGUGAAACACCAAUGCCUAAUUCCCCGAGCAACUCGAAACGAAAUCGUCGUCUUGCUGGUAGAGAAACAGAUACACGCAUCGAGGAACUAGAUCUUGAAAACAAGAGUCUCAAGCAAUGUAUUGACAAACUUAGCAAUCGACUACAUGCAUUCGAAAUGGCCGCGCAGAAUAGUAGUAUGGCUCUACAGGAAAGUAUACGUCUAAUGCGCCCGGAAGAUAGAAGUCCAGGUGGAGGACCAAAUGAUGAAAUGAUCAGAAGGAGAUUAAUUGAACUCGAAGAACAAAUGAGGAUAAGAAAUAAAGAAAACGAGAGGCUAUUCCGCGAAAAUGAGAAGUUGAGAGAGACAGUCGCCAAGUAUAGGAAUAGGUGGGAUAUAUUGAAAGCGGGAGCGAAGACCAGAAGGGAUAAUAAAGAAUCGAGUCUAAAAGGGCCGGAAUCGAGAGACGGGAGUGUGAAAGAUGGGAAUAGUGUAAAUGGCGCGAGUGGGAAGGAUAUGAAGGAGGGCAGGGAGAAGGAAGUAGGCAGUGGAAGGUUCAUGGCGGGAUAA